GAGAUCGGCUCAUUUAUUGCCCUACGGCCUGACAAGAGCGAAUUCAUUGGGAGUGCCAGCGGUGUCUUCUUUGCAAACACCGUCUUCCGGGCCUUUGCAACUGCAACCACAACCUCCGGUGGUUCUGGCUCGAAGCGUCCCCAGGGAGAUCUAGAGGGCCUGGGGGCUUCAGCAACGCCGGAUCCCGGCUCUGCCCAUGAAUAUGUUAUGGCCGAGGAGAAAGCCCAGGAGGAGGCCGUUGGAGAUGAUGCGCUGGGGGUAGGUGCCGUGGGUGCUGAGGAUGCGAGCAAGAGCCCGGGGCUGCGAUCAUAUGGCAUCGGAGCACCUGGACUGGGAAUCCCACCUCCUCCAGCCGUUGCAAAGCGGCUCCUGGUGGAAUAUUUCAGAAGAUGGCAUCCCUUCCUCCCCUUUCUUCAUGGCCCUACGUUCUUUGACAAGGUAAAUCGGUUCUACGACCUGGAAGGGGGUUCUCUGGCAGAGCCGAUGAGCCAGCGGAACAAAGUGUAUCAGGCCAUCAUCUUCCAAUGCGUCUUCAACAUUGCAGAUUCAAACCACAACCAGAAGCAGGAACGGGAGCUGCCCGAAGAAUCUCGCAUCAAAUCUGCCGUUGCGCUAACGAGCUUGCUGGGCAUCCUCUCCAGCGGCCAUGAUAUUCCCUCUUUGCAAGCUCUCCUGGCCGUGGAGCUGUAUCUAAUGACGCAGAUGUCUCUAAGAGCGGCCUCGACUGUUCACGGAGCGAUGACGCGUAUCCUAUACCACUGCGGGUUACACAGAUGCCCCUUCCGAUACGUUCAGUUGCCGCGCGAUAUAUGCGACAUGAGGAAGAGAAUCUUUUGGUCUGCGUAUGUGAUUGACCGCCACCUGAGCCAGGUCUUGGGACACCCCCUAGCGCUCAACGACGAAGAGAUCGACGUCUGUCUACCGGGAGCGCCAGAGGUUCACAACCCAGCCAGGCCAUUCUCACCAGAGGUUCCGAGCGCAAACAGCAUCAAUACGGACCAACUUGUAUAUCGGCCGCAAAGCUUGGGCGAAUCUAUACUCGGCUUCCUCGUGACGUAUUCACGGCUGCUCGGGCAAGCUCUCGACCUCUUCCACAAGUCUAUCCACUGCCGGUCCAUCACUUGGGACAAGGUGCUUGAGAUGACGUCGAGGAUCCAUGCCUGGUGGAACACGCUCCCACCAUCGUUCCAGGGAGAGGGGCUCACGUCGAUUUUUGUAGAACCGCAGUCCCAUCAUGGCCCUCCCUUUGCAAUAUUAUACCACCAACUCAUCCUCAUCAUGAACAGGCCUUUUCUUUCUCUCCCGACGAAUCGAACAGAUUUUCAAUUCAGUUUGCAAACCGCCGUGAAUGCUAGUCGAGCCAUCGUCAAGAAGCUCAAAUUACGGCAAGGAGACUCGCCUUUGGUAGCUUGGCCGGGCAUGUUGUCAGCUGCGUGGAUGGCAGGGCUAGUCAUUGCGUACGCUGGACUAUUGAAACUCUACCCAAUGGAAAAGACUAUCCUGGAUCUGAACUGUGCCAUAAAGCUCCUUGGCAUGAUGAGUCGAAAUUGGACCAGCGCCCACCACUGCCGUGUGACGCUGAAGAUGCUACUAGACAGAUUA